CUAUAAUUGAGCGGCACACAGCUCAGGACUUUUCACGCGAACUACCGUGAUCUACCUCCAGACAUCUAACUCUUCUCCUUUCCUGUGGCCACCAUGAGUCCUCAAACCGUUCUGAUUACUGGCUGUAGCGACAAUGGAAUUGGCAGUGCACUAGGUAAAGUAUUGCAACAGCGGGGAUACCACGUUUUCGCCGCCGCUCGAAAUUUGACGAAGAUGACCUGGCUAAAAGGCUUGCCAAAUGUCACUCCAAUUAUUUUGGACAUUACUAAGGCCGAACAUAUCCAAUCAGCCGUGAAGACAGUGUCUGAAGCAACUGGCGGCAAGCUUGACCAUCUCAUCAACAACGCGGCAAGAAACCACUUCAUGCCAAUCCUGGACGAAGAUCUCGACAAUCGGUCGAUUGAGAUAGCGGCUGACACCCUCCGACUCGAGCUUGUUCCUCUUGGCGUAAAUGUUCUUGCUGUGGUAACGGGCGGCGUGAAAACGGCUGGACAAACGUACUUUGACAACCUCAGACUGCCUGAAAACUCACUCUAUAGGAGCGUGGAGAAGACAAUCAUAAGUAGGGCUCAAGGACACGAUGGAAUGGACAGAAUGGACGCGCAUGAAUACGCCAACGCUGUCGCUGACGAGAUUGAGAAGCGCACUGCAGGAAAGUUCUGGUAUGGUGUAGGGCCAGAGAUGGUGAAGAACGCUUUCACCAACGUUGCGCUGCCGCAGGAUGCAUUUGUAAGCUCCAUUUUUAUCCCAUAG